GUCACGCGGAAGUAAUUUUAACCAAGAUGGCAGCGUCCUUGACACAGGCAUGUUUUGAUAACAGUCGAGUGUCUAACAUCCUCAACAGUUGCAAAUGUACGGGCUGCACAACUGACAAGAGAAGAGUUUGAGAGCGGAGCAUGGAGAGACGAGAGUUUGUCGCGUCUCUGGUGGCAGGGGGCAGUGCAGGGAUGUGUGUGGAUCUGACCCUCUUUCCCCUGGACACCAUAAAGACAAGACUGCAGAGUCAGCAGGGCUUCUACAAGGCAGGGGGCUUCAGGGGCAUAUAUGCUGGAGUCCCAUCUGCUGCUGUCGGCUCCUUCCCAAAUGCCGCUGCUUUCUUUGUCACCUAUGAAUGCACAAAGUCCCUGCUCGGUGCUCGUGAAGUGCUAGCAGCACCACACGUGGCGCCUGUCACUCACAUGCUGGCCGCCUCCCUGGGAGAAAUAGUGGCAUGUCUAAUCCGGGUGCCCACAGAGGUGGUCAAACAGAGGACCCAGGCUUCACCCUCAUCCACCACCUACCAAAUGCUGCUGGCUACACUCAGAGAAGAGGGUGUCCGGGGCUUGUACAGAGGAUACAGGAGUACGGUUCUCAGAGAGAUCCCGUUCUCGCUGGUGCAGUUUCCACUUUGGGAAUAUUUAAAGACUCUGUGGUCAUGGAGGCAAGGUCACACGCUCUACUCUUGGCAGGCUGCAGUGUGCGGAGCUUUUGCAGGUGCAGUAGCUGCAUUUGUUACCACUCCUCUUGACGUGGCGAAGACCAGAAUCAUGCUCGCAAAGGCCGGGUCCGCCACAGCGAACGGCAACAUCCCGCUGGUGCUCUAUGACGUGUGGAGGAGCCGAGGCCUUUCAGGUCUGUUUGCGGGCAGCAUACCGAGGAUAACCUUCAUCAGUGUGGGUGGUUUCAUCUUCCUGGGAGCCUACGAGAAGGUCCGCCGCUCUUUGCUGUAGCAGCUCGUCCUCUGUGACUGUCCUGAGCCCUGAGCCCUGAGCCCUGGUGGAUUAGCAGCAGGGGAAGCAUCUCUGGAAGCAGCACCCUCGUCCCUUGGAGGGCCCCCCUGUGCCUCCAUGCUGCUGGGCCCCGAGAAGCAAGGAACACCUCUUGCCCGUCCACUGGCCUGAUCGCGUUACCUGGGGUGCUGCGUUCCUGCUCAUCAGUGCCCAGAGCUUCUGUAACAGCGCCAGCGGUUUGGUGAAAUGGUGCCACACCCUGUCAUAUCGUGUGUGUGUGUGUGUGUGUGUGUGUGUGUGUGUGUGUGUG